AUGGAGCAAAGAAAAGGAGAUGCUAGAAUCUCUCUCAUCUCCGCAGUCUUCUUCUUCUGCAUUAUCGCCGGUGGAGUGUUUCUUUUCCUUUACAUGCUUCUACCUGAAGAAAAAUCCCACCCGUGGUAUCCCCUUGUUGGCAUGGUACUUGUGGCAAUUCCAUGGGCCUUUUGGCUCUUCACAUGUGUCUACAGAUGCUGUAAGCCCGAAGGCACGCAGACUGCAGACAGCGACCAUUAUGCCAAGGCAGGAAGCAGCCGGGCAGCCACCAUCCCGAACACGAGUGGCGUAUUCACAGCUGGCAAUGCAUCAGCUGCAGAGUCCCCUGUGCAUUCCCCUGAUGGUGAACGCAAGGUGCAGUUUGCAGGGGUGGUUGUGAUGGGGGAUGAAGAUCAAGGUGGUCGUGGAGGGCAGAAAGGAAACGAAAACCAUCAUCAAACCAUAGAUAUGGAAAAUCAUAAUGGGAUUAAUGAUUCGGUUGGCUCUGCAGAUAGUGAAAUGCCAUUGAGAUUGAUGGUUUGA